CGGAGCUGUCAAAACAUGCACAGGAGCAGAGCGUGACUGGUGAGAAAUAACAACAACACGGACAUACUUGUUGCGGGCUGAAGCCAUGAGGACGAGUGAGUUUGACUCCUCAUCUGAAGAGGAGGAGGUCGGAGAGGAGCAGCUGACGCCCUUCCACAUCUCCUGGGUACCUCUGUCCAUAGUGGAGUGCUCGCAGUUUCUUGGGAUAUGUGCACUACCAGGUUGCAAAUACAAAGAGAUCCGCAGGAGUCUGCAAAGAGACGUUGAGGAGCUUCAGAACCAGGGGGUACAAGACGUGUUUGUUUUCUGCACCAGAGGGGAACUGAACAAGUACAGGGUUCCCUCCCUGCUGGAGGUCUACCACCAGCAGGGCUUCACAGUUCACCACAUGCCCUUCCCAGACGGAGACGCUCCUGAGCUGGAGCAGUGCUGCAGGAUCCUUGAGGAGCUGCAGGUCAGCCUCGAGAACAACAGGAGGACAGUGAUCCACUGUUUCGGAGGCCUCGGACGCUCUGCAUUAAUCGCCGCCUGUCUGCUGCUUCAGCUCUCUUCAACAAUGACAGCAAACAAAGCCAUCGAAAUCCUCCGGGAGCACAGAGGAGGAGGAGCAAUACAAACUGUGAAGCAAUACAACUUCCUCCACGAGUUUCAAGAAAGGUACACAGCGUACCAAGAGAGCAGAGAGGUUUCCACGGAGCGCUCAGUGUCUCGGUGAUCGCCGUUUCACUCAUUCAAAUCGUGACUCAUGAAAAUAUUGAUCCCUUCAAACUUGCUUUUCUGUCAGUGAUUCUUCUUUUGAUUGUGUGUGUGUGAUAUAAUUGUAUUCUCUAAUGAUUGCACUUUAACAGAAUACUCUAAUAUAUUGCUUUUUGUCAUCCUCAUUAUAAUGGAAUAAAGACGUGAUGAGGAAACCGUUGAUGUGUUGGCAGUGAGUUCAGAAUAUAUGUCUUCACAUGUUUAUAAUAACAGAGGUGUCUGUUCACCUGCUGUAGUAAUGGAGCUGGACUCUAUUUUAUAUAUUUUAUUUUGAAAAAGUGACUUAAACUAUAUUUUCUAAACCUCACUUGAAUCAAUAUCACAAUAGUGAUACUGAAAUGUGCUUAUUAAUAUUGUGAUAUUGAGGGAAGGGAGAUUUAAUGAAGGAUUCAGCGUCAUGCAUCAGACAUAAUUUCCUUACAUUUGCAAAAACAAAAAACAUCAAUUAGUAAUUUUGUGAUGAUUUUGCUCAGAUCAACUAACUCAGAAAACAGAAUUUCAUCACGAAACGAUAUUCAAAAAUGAUUUCCUCCUUGUUCUUCUCAGAAUCUGUUUUCCCUGCAAACCACUGCUCCUUCUUGCAACAUUUUAUUUCUCAAUCACAGUGUCACAUGUAAGUGCUCUGUCCUGGCUGCAUUUAUUUUCAGGCUGGGGAAAGUACCCUUGAGCAAAACUUGAUAACGGCAUGCUGGCUAAUGUUUGUCACUGGACCUGAGCGUUAGGAGACUUUAAUAUCUGGAAAAAAACAAAACAACCCAGAUUUCUGUUAAAGUGCAUUUGUUUAAAAAGACUUUCAUGAGGAUUUUUUUUUUAGAAUGAGCUCUGAUUUUAAUCAACGCUGUGAUUGAAUGAUUUGAGAUCUUGAACAUAAUUAAGGAAAUCUUUAAACCUUAAUGUACAGGUCAGAGGAAAUGCUGGUUUCAUCUCGACACUCUGCUGUUAAGAGUUUGUUUCAUAUGUAACGUGUUUUUAAUCCCAUUUAGAUCAACAGCAAGAAAAACAUGUUUUCAUGGAUUUCCAGUUACAAAAAGUAUUUUAAAGUCUAAAGUCUUUUGCCUAAAUGUGUCCCACAUCACACAAGAAUCAUGAAGUACGUGAGAUAAAAAUUGGCCUUAAAUAUUAUAUUCUAAUCUCCUUUUAAAAACAUUGAUCUAAAAUAACAUUCCAGUCCAUAAUAAGAGUGGGAUCAUUUUAUUUAGAUUCAAAUAAACUCAAGUUGUCAUUUCCUAGACGUGACAAGAUGGGAUCUAAUACAUAAAAAUUUAAUUUUAUGUGACAAAUGAUCUUCCCUUUCCCUGAUAAAUUUACACAUUUUGAAAAUGGAAAUAAAUACUCUAGUAUUUCUGAAAAAUUAAGUCUAAUUGCGCUGACACUACAGAAACAAAAACACCACUUCCCAGAUUUUGAUUCUGGAGACGAGCGACACUGCGAGGAGUGCUUGAUAUCGUGGAGACAUGAGAAGUUAAAAUUAAAAAACACUGAAUAAGAGUUUUCUAACGACGUGGAAUAUUUGGUUGUGGAAAUGAACAGAAUGCACAAUGACAAAAACAGUUGAGUUUGAAAAGGUACAUUCAACAGUAUGGCACGUCAGCAGUCUCGUACUCAAAGCUCAAAUGCAGAAAGAGAACAAAAAAGUUCCGUUGCUUCCUAAUGCUGAAAAUAUUGUACUGUUGAGUCUACCUUCUUAAUUUAUCGAUAGCUGCGGGGGCGAUUCUACAGAAACACAUGUCACAUACACGUUGCUUUCUACUCUGGAUUCACACUUAAAACAAAUAUUGCCAUUUAUUUCAACAGGGAUUACAUGGUUUAAACGUGAUAGACAGGUCUGAAGUACGGAAACAAUACGUCAGACGGUUUGAAAACUGAUGUUGUGACAACCAGACUGAUUGUCCCUGUGCAACAUGUUUCACUAAGUGAUAAUAACCCAUGCACUUCAGCCCUCACCGUACAUUACUGUACUUUCAUGUAAAUGUUAAGACUUAAUGUGUCUGUGGGCAAGAACAUAAGUCUGGUUUGCACUUUGCUAUUUGUUUUAGUGAUGGUAAUGGAUCACUUGGCAGGUAUAAAUUAGCUGUCGAAGCCCAGGAUCUAAUUCGCAGAAAAAGCUAAUGCAAUUCAGCACACAGCUUAGAUUCUCACAGAUAUAUGCACACCUGAAAAUUAUGUCUGCCUAAAAUUUGUAAACACUCAGAAGUUGGGAACCAAGAUGAAAAAAAA